AUUUCCUGCAGCUACUUCAUCGUCCAGCAGCAGUCGAGGAACUCCAUUCUAACUGAAUGGAUUGGUAUGGGGAAAAGCGGACCUCAAAACCUGGCUAAGCGGAGGCUUUGGAACUCUGUUACUUUUAUGAUGGUGUUACUUUCGCUGUUGCUCAAACCAGCAUGUUGCCAGCAAUGCCGAAUUCAGCGCUGCAAUGCUGAAUAUGUGGCCUCUACAUCGCCCUCUAGUGGCCUGCAGGAAGAGGCCCCGGCCGACGUGGACUACUGCAUUGCGCUGCGGGCCUACUCCCUCUGCACCCGCCGGACCGCGCGCAGUUGCCGUGGGGACCUGGUCUACCACUCCGCUGUCUUCCGCAUCAAGGAGCUCUUCUCCCAGCACAACUGCUCCAGCGACGGCCCCACGUCCUCGGCCAAGGCUCCCAGCACGUCCCACCCGGCCGUGUCCGAGCUCUGCGACUACGAGAGCAGGGCGCUGGCCUCGGGGCCCGCCAGCCAGCAUAAGAAGUACGCCCACUGUGGAUUAUUCGGGGACCCCCACCUGCGGACGUUCCGCGACGAGUUUCAGACUUGCAAGGUGGAGGGCGCCUGGCCCCUCAUCGACAACCGUUUCCUGUCAGUGCAGGUGACCAAUGUGCCUGUUGUCCUGGGCUCCAGUGCUACUGCCACAAGCAAGAUCACCGUGAUCUUCAAGGCGUUCCGCGGCUGCACCGAGCAGAAGGUGUACCAGGCCACCACUGAGGACUUGCCGUCCGCCUUCCUGGAUGGGACGCGCAGUGGCGGGGAGGGCGGCAGCCUGUGGAUCGUGGAACGGGGCGGGGCGGAGGGCCGGCAGGUGAAGAUCCAGGCCCGCUACAUUGGGACGUCCAUCAUCGUGCGGCAGGUGGGCCGCUACCUCACCUUCGCCAUCCGCAUGCCCGAGGACACGCUGGACUUGGCGGAGGAGAACGGCGGGCUGCAGCUCUGCCUGCACGGCUGCCCCCGCAAUGAGCUCAUCAAGGAGCACACGCUGGGCCGCCAGAGCCUCCCCCCGCGGCUGCAGGGGGGCGUGGCCACGGCCGACCUCGGCCCCAUCCCGCCCCCGAGGCAGGCCUACACCGUGGAGCGCGCCACAGCCAAGUGUCGAGAGAUCCUGCAAGUGGAGGACGUUUAUUUCCAGUCUUGCGUCUUCGACUUGCUCACCACGGGGGACCCGGAGUUCUCCAUGGCCGCCUACGGGGCUCUGGAGGACCUCAAGGCCCUUCCCCCCAGCAGACUGAAGCAGAACUCGCCCAGGACUCCCCAGCCCUCCAACAGUGCUGUGCCGCACACGCCCUCCCUGCUGUCCUUCCUGGCCCUUGUUCUGCUGCUCUUGUAAAAAUAAAAUGAUCAUGAGGAAGUCGAUUUCAGCUUGAGGAAGGAGUGCUUGGAAACUGGAAAUUUUGCGCUCAGAUGCUCUGUGAUAAGCUGUGGUAUUUUUUUGUCUUCACGCCUGUCUCAGAGGAUUGGGAACUUUUAAAGGACACCUAUGGUUUCCCCUCAAUGGGGCACCAGCCCACACAUUUCUUUGCAAAGACAAAUCCAAAACCCAUUACUUCCAUUGAUCAGUCUGUGGUGCAAGAAGCGCCUCCUUUCUUUUUCUCCUCUCUUCCCCGUGUCCCUUCUCUUUUUAUUUAAUGGACAGAGGCAGAUUAACAGAGAUACAUCACUCUUAAAAUGUGAAAUUCCAUAUGACAUGAUUUUCUGGUUGCGUUGUGAAGGCAGCUAAGUAACAAUGAAUCUUUGUAAAUAUUUCACCUGUUCUGGAAAUGGAACACAUACACAGACUUUAGUGAUAACACUAACUGUUAGAGUGAACAUGGUAUGGCAGAUGUAAACCUUUUGAAUACUGAUGGAUACUCCGAAUUCCCCUCAGCUUGAGUGAAGGUUAACAGUCCAGAAUGAAUAACUCCUCUUAUUAGUACAUUCACACAAACAAAAUUCCAAUAACCUUGGCUGGUGGAGCUGUGGCAUGGAUAAUCAAAUAAGAUGUAAUCUGCAAAAUGUAAUCAUUAUUCACAUUUUUGAAUCGACAUGUGAUAUUUAACAUAAUGUACCAACAAAAAAGACUCAGUUCAAGUACUGCAUACAAAACUUAAUUUGCUUCUAAAACACAAAGCAGUGUACAUCAUACAAAAUAAGAUAAUUAGCAGCAGCUAACCAGUGUUGCCAUUCUUUACAGGCUGUUAGCUGUAUUUGUGAAACAGUCGGUUUGCUGUUAUUGCCUCUCAUUUAUUUGCCAUUUUAAAGGUAGCGUUUUUUUUUUUUUUUAAUAAUGUGGACAUUUGAAUAUCUGAUGAGCGUUACUCCACUGUGUAUUGGGCCUAAAAAACAGUACUUAAAAACAUUUUUACAUUUUUACAGUCGACUUACAAGUGAGGUAGAGGACAACACAAGCAAAAAGCCACACAAGGAGUGAACAAAAUUAGAAGGGCGGCAUGACCAAGUUUCAAUAGUUUACCCGACAAGGUACAAGGUACUGGUAGAGAUAAGUGCGUGAAACUAUAAGUUGAAUUUUUUUUUUAUAUACGGAAAACAAAGUUUACAAUAUAAGAAGUUGUUUUAGAUGGUAUUGUUUCAGGUGUUCAGGAGAGCUGUGUCUUCAGAUGUUUCACGAAGAUAGGACUUGGCAGAUGGAGUGUGAAAGUUCAUUCCACCAUCAGGGACAACGGAGAAAGUUCUGGAUAGUGAUUUUGUGCUCCGAUGUGAUGGGAGCACGAGACGCCAUUUGGUAGGAGAGCAUAGCGGUUGGGAGGGAACAUAGACGCAAGUAAACUGAACAUGCGUACAUUUUUUGCCGCUGGCACUGAUGAUCCACAGCCAGAUAAUCAGGAGUUGACUGUACAUGCAUGGCAUCCAACAACUACAUGAAAAUACUACCUAUCUGUUUAUUUUUACCUCUUGUUAGUAACUGAUCAGAAUCAAUGAUGGCUCACAGAAAUUGCUGUUUCCUAGUCAAAAACACUCCUCCUUCAAGCUGCUCUUC